ACUUGUCAGUGUCACAGGCUUAGCCAGACCUUUAGACAAUUCAGAAUACCCAAUACCCGUCUCCGUGUCUUAGACUCAGGGAAUAAACAGUUAACCAACCACCCGGUGGUGCAGUAUUAUCAUACUUUCGCAUGCCAUAUCAUGCAAUGAGGCUUUCCUGUCCCAAAGCAACCCCAGACAGUCCUGCGCCAAACUCGAAAGCUCAAACAGAAAUUGACGAUAAACUCGAAGCCCUUGAAGAGAGAAAGCGAGCUCUUCGGACAUGCCGAAACAGUUACUCUCCCAUAUCCUCCAUCCCACCAGAGCUCCUUAGCACCAUUUUCGUCUUUCAUGUUCAGCAGACGCAGUUGCGUUAUAUUCCUGACAAUCCUGAUGUUCUUUCAUGGCUCAUUGUUGGACGCGUUUGUCGUCGUUGGCGCGAGGUUGCUCUCAGGACACCAGAGUUGUGGGUCACCCCGUUUCUCAACUGCUCAAAGGCCACGGAUGAAAUGCUCACGAGGUCCAAAAUGGCUCCGUUGAACUUGAAGAUUGGCCGACGAUAUCGUAUGGACUCCAUCCAAAAGGCAUUGAUGCACAUGGAGCGUUUGCAAUCGGUUUCUCUUCUGUUCUUGCACGGUGAUACUGCAGGGUGCCGUUGUAUCAUGGAAUUUAUUAACAAGCUAUCAUCUUGCUCUGCUCCCAAACUACGAUUGCUUGCUUUGGAAGUAGGGGAUAAACAAACACCACGGGUAGCGAUUCCGAUUUAUUUCCCUGCACCCAACCUUUGCAGCCUCCGAAUCAAGCACUGCGAUCUGUCAUGGGCAUCUUCCGUACUCACAGGACUAACUGUCCUUGACAUCCAAAAACUAUCACCGGAAUGCCUUCCAACAUUAGACGAGUUGAUCUCUGCGCUCCGACGUAUGCCUGCUCUGCACACUCUUGUAUUAGAAGAUGCUCUCCCGACCCUUUCCUCCUAAUACGGCGUCACUCCCUCGCCCACCUCGUGCCAUGAAUGUUCAACUCUUCCACUUGAAGCAUUUACGUUUGACAGCAAAAAUGUUGGAAGUGGCCAACGUGCUAACUUGCAUUGAAUCGACAACAUCGGAAGUUCGACUGGUGUGCCGAGCAUCGUCGGGAGAUCCGAACCAAGAAUGGGAUUUAAGCCUCCCCAUCAUCUCCCGUG